GUAAAAACAAGUUUCCCCGAUGGAAGCUUGGAUCCUCGGCUUUGCGGGCCUGAGAUGGACUCGGCGCGCGCUAGUCAGUAGCCUCCGGUUGCUGUCUCGGCCGAGGGAAUUACUCUCAAAGCUGUGAUUGGGAAAUACAAGGCAAGAUCGGAAGACACCGGGAUGUCUUGGUGCUUCCCUCGUCAUCCAUUGUCUCAGCCGACGUUCUAAUUGGGAUACCUUUCGAGAUCACUGCCAGGAUAUAUGCAUCAGGAUGCAUCAGAUGCCGCCGGGUGAGAUGCCGGAAAAUCCACCUUCCAGACUACGUCACAAUCAGGCCACAUUUUCGUACUUUCGGCCAGGUCUGCGACUCAAUCAAGCUAUGCGACGUCAUGGAUAGCCGCAAAAUCUUUGCGGUUUCUUCAUUUGGUGCGCACGUAGUGCUGAGACGAGACUCAGGCGUGUGAAGCAUUUGCUCGUGGGCGGCAAUUCUGCACGAGAAAAUGUCUCACUGGCAGAUAGGCGCUUCAGACUUUGACAUGUUUGUGGCGACCUAUCCAGCAUCAUGAUCACCUCGAUUCUUCUGUCUGCACGUAAAUCGCCAUGGCCUGUCUUCCGAGGCAUCAAUCCAUUGUCUUCCCCGCCUAUCGACACAAGAUGCUCUUCUCUGAUGGAUUGGGUCGUGCUCACGGAUAUAGGUCCACGGCUUGGGAGCCUGAUAAGCGCUGUCGAGAUAAGAUCAGAUUCGCAUCCUUACCUGGCUUCUCAUUGUGCAACACAUUGGGUGAGGCCGGUCAAGGUGGGUUUAUAAAGACAGGGCGUGCGCUGGGCGGCGCUUUGCUGCGCCUGGUGUCUUUCCCGAACGCACUUUAUCUGACCUUUGCACGCACGAACGAGCUUUGAUAGCCCGAACACUGCUUCAUUCCACGAUGCUCUCAUCCCCAUACGACCCAUCCUUCGCUGCCCUGGCGGCACAGACGACCACUACGAAUGCCCCGACCAAUGCCUAUGCUGCUGGCAAUCUCGUGUAUGCACCCAGCAGCGAUCCGAACAGCCAUACCAUCCAGCAGUUUGCGCAGCCCCAAGCCCAAUGGCCUCAGCAUCCGCAAUCGACACACUCAUUCCACCCCGGUGCCCAGGCGGCGCCGAUCCCGUCUUAUCAUAUGUACAGCCCUGCCAAUAACGGCGGCGCGCUGCACGGGUGGCCGAUCCCACAGGCUGCAGUCCCGCACCCCGCACGUGCGAUAGUCUUCCAUCCCAGGGCGGCGCGGAUGCCCGCUGCGAGCGCACCGAGCUCCUCACUCGGGGUCGGAGAUGUCGUGCGCGUGCAUAACGGUGGCGCGCCCUAUGGCUGGCCUGUCCGACGACAAGCUGUGCCGCCGCAAGCCCCAUCGUCUCACAACCCUCAGCCUAUACACUCCUUCACGACCGUUCCCAACUUUGUUCAGGGUUCAAUCCCGACUCCGAAUCUUCCCCCGUCGGGCUUCACGUUCCUGUAUCCCGUUGCGGGGACUGUCCCAGUCAACCAGUUUACCCCAGCUCCCGUCCCAAACGCACAUGCUGGCGCCAGCAGCACGGCCGGCCCCUCAAAAGUCCCUGCUGCGACUUCCGAUCCUUUUCGGUACUAUCCACACUGGAAUCCCGCUCCUGCUCCAGCCCCCACCCCCGCUGCUGCUCCGAUUCCGCCUGCAAACAUGGCCGCCCCAUCUGCGGCGCUUCAGUCGGAGAUGGCUCGCGUCAUGCAGAACCAGCGCCUGUUCUUGCAGAGAGAGCAGCAGGUCCAGCCGGUGUCCCACCAGCAGCUGCAAUGGCAGCAACAGCCACAUUACCAGCCGCUGAUGGCUCAGCCUGCUGUUGCUGGGGCUGUUUCGACCAAUCACAACUCGACGCCUGGUGUUGCGAAACGCCCUCGCACCGUGUCGUCUGCGAACUGCAAUGACCAGCCGACGAAACGACUAAAGCGGAGCUCCGAUGCGACUGUCCCAGAGCCGCAAGCUGCUCCCAAGCCCGACGUUCUUCCAGAGGGCCAACAGCCCGUCCUCGAGGACAACCCCGCUCAUCCGCCCACCCCGUCUCGUCCUGCGUUUGAGAACAUCGUGAAUACCCCGUCUCCAAAGAGUCUCGAGCGUCGCGGAGAGAAGUUCGAAACUCCUCACGAAGACAGCGUCGAGGAUGCUCUUCUGAAGCAGGCACUUGGGUCAGCGUGCAAGCCAGAGGACAUUUUCGCUGCGUUUGUGGCUGUUCCCGACGAUGAAGACGACGACGCGCUGGCUGGAACUCAACCACUUCCGCCCAUGCUGAAUCUGGCCAACUUGACGUCGUUUCGGGUCAACGAGGACGACGAAUCCACAUGCGUGGCCUCGGGACAAGGCGCGCUCCCCGCGUUGGUUACCGACUACCUGUUCGGUGAUCUCCCGUCCGACCCUUUCCUUCGAAUCACCCACGAUGAGAGUGUCCGCGUUGCAGAGCGGUUCCUGGCGCUCUCCGGGAUCGAUGAGAUCUGGGAUCUCGAUGAUGAGGAGAUGCCUGCCCUGGUCAUGCCGGUUGACCAGGGAUGCGUGGAUCCGAACGACAUUCUAAUGUUACCUUAAGCCUCUGUUAUCAUCGACAAGAGCCAUAGCCCUAGUUUUUAGUCUAAAAGUUUUGGUAGUAGCCAAAAGAAUUGCUUUCAAAUCUUUGGUAGUAGCCAAAGGAUGUGGCUGUAUGGGCUGUACGCCCGGCAGACUACGGCAACAGUCCAGAUGCCAACACCAUCACCAUGAUAGACACUGACAGUGACC